AUGAAGACCUCAACAGCCGCGUUCCCGUUCGACAGAGACGACGCUGACGUGGUCCUCCGCUCCUCAGACGACGUCGACUUUCACGUACACAAAGUGAUCUUAUGUCUCUCGUCCCCGUUCUUCGACGAUAUGUUCGGCAUGCCGCAGCCGUCUCUCUCGGAAGAAGACGUGCACCCCGAUAGCAGAAAGCCGCUGGUCGCCGUUAGCGAGGGCAGCAAGACGUUGCGCCCGCUGCUGCUGCUAUGCUAUCCCGUCGCCGAUCCGCCGAUGACCGCGCUGUCGGACGUAGGAGAUCUCUUGGAAACAUCGAUAAAGUACGAGAUGGCGGAAUUUUCGAACCGGAUGGAGCAGAAACUCCGCGACUUCAUCCCAGAGGAACCGAUUGGAGUGUACGCAAUCGCCUGCCGUUUGGAUCUGGAAGACACCGCUAGGGCCGCUGCCCACGCUAGCUUGCGGACCGUCGAGAUCGCGUAUCAUCCUGAGCUGGAUAAGAUUUCUGCCGGGGCAUUUUACAGACUUUUGGAAUUUCGUCGCCAGGAUGCACAAGACAGUGCAGAGGUCACGUUCUCUAGACCGCGGCCGACCUGCCCGCCAUCGCCCGCAGUCGAACCAAACAUUGAGGUUCCAUGCGACAAUGAAGAUAACAGUCAUCCCUUCGCCUAUUCGUCUGGUUCCGAUGUCAUCCUUCGUUCCUCCGAUGGCACUUGCUUCUAUGUUCACAAGCUCAUCCUUGAGAUGGCAUCCUCCGAAUUCGCAAAGAUACUCCAGCAGUCCCCCGAAACGAACGACACGCACCGCCAGCUGCCAAUUUUCGACGUCGCUGAGGAUGUAAAGAUCCUGCGCGUCUUGUUGCUCUCCUGCUACCCAUACGAGGAGCCAGACGUUGAUGAUAACCUUUCACACGUGGCGGCUGUGCUUCGGGCUGCAACCAAGUAUCAGCUGAAGAAAGCGAUUCGCAGUGCCAAGUGCAAACUCACGCAGCUCAUGGAGGCCAAUCCCCUGCGCGUGUAUUUUGUGGCUGCGGAGUUCGACUGGAAGGAGGGGGCUAGACAGGCUGCGACGAUGGCCAUCUGCGAGACCUACGACGCAUACGUCCCGGAGAUGGAGGACGCGUCCGCGAAUGUGUACCACAAGUUGUUGGAGUUCCGCGUGAAAGGUCGCGAGAUUCUUCGUUCGCAUGAUCAGAGUGGAUCGGGGCCCUAUCAUUGGAGCAAACUAACAAACUCUCGGAAAGCGACGGAGGGCAAAUGCGAUGUUUGGGGCAACGCGAUAACCUCUCCCGAGUCUCUGAUACCGUCCCAUGAUUGGUUCUUCUGCGGGUACCAGACCUCUACGGCCUCUGGAACACAGCGCCGAAAGGCUGUCGUCGCUUUGUCCGAGUUGGUUGGACAUGUACAAACGGGUAAUCGAGGUUACAGUCAUGCGCGAAGCGCGGCUGCGGCCAUCGCAUGCGUGGACGCGGUGCUCGAACAAAGUAGAAAGACGCACGAAACCUUCUUACAGGAAUUGCAUGAGAUUGAGCUGUAG